AUGACUUCUCACGAAGCGGCGCGACUCCGGCAAGGCCUUCUUCCUCUCACGACAUCGUCUGUAGGUGCCUUCAACAACCCUCUACAUACGCCCAUAUCUGCCGUGUCCAUGAGCUCCAGUCAUUUUCACUCCGCUGUCCAAACACCUGGCAGUAGCAUACAGCCAUACAACCCCCAAGAAUGGGUUCCCACACAGGCUGCUGUCGCCGAGCGCGCCGUUCAAUAUGCUGGCGAAGUCCAAGGCAAUCCGCCUAGAAGUCAACAGCAGCGUCCCAUGAGUACCGUCUUCGACUCUACACCAGCUGGUACUCCGACUCCACCGCCUCGACUUAGCACAAUGGUGCAUCGGCCUUCGCCUGAACCAGCCAAUGCAUCGUUUCCUCCUCCUCCGCCAGGUGUAAAUGGGCGAAAUGGUUCACGGGAUCGCCGCUUUCUGCCAUCCUUGGGCCGCCGUAGAGAUAUGGACAACUCUAGUACUCCUCCACCUCAGCCGCCGCCUCCUCAAGCCCAUCGACAGAGCAUGAUCGUACAAACUUCGUUUCAUCAACCUACUCCCGAGCAUGGGAUGACUGGUCCCAUGAUUCAUGGGCCGCCAGCGGCUCGAAGAGCCGUAUCUGCAGGAGCCGUGGAGACACCCACAUCUGCUCGCUCACGCUCAGCGUCUCAAACCAGAUGGGAACCAGGCAUGCCUCUCCCACCUCCGCCACCAGGGCCCCCACCUGCUUCAAGCAGGUCGCAAAGCGUACAGUCAAUAGAUAGGAAUACAGUGCCCAUCAUAUCUCCUCCUACCAAAAGACGCCGACCACCUACCGGUGUCACAGAACUCGGUCCUGUUCCUCCAACACCUGCAGAUUGGAGCGAGACGGGAAGUCAACCAGGUCCUUCAAACCGAAGCCGCUCACCAGGUCUCAGGAUUGACACGUCGCUACCAUCCACCCAACCUGUUGAACCUGCUCUGGGGUCCUCAUCGAGUAUUGGCGGGCUCAAUCGGCAAAAGGCAGUUAGACAUGAUAAAACGAUUUUGCAACGGAGGGCUGAGAGUCGGACCCGACAUAGUGUCCGUGGCUCUAUAGAUGAACGGACUCGACCCGAGUCUAUGGCCAACAUAAUGGUACCAAAUACCACUGAUCUGUCACGGACAUCAAUCAGUAAAUCGACCCCUGUGAGUGGCGCACUCGCAUCGCAAGACUCUCGAAACUCGACCCCUAGAGCCCCAGCAUCAGGGAAGCUGCCUCAGGAAGCGGGAACCCCCCCUUUCUCCCCCAACGCUUCUAAGCAACCAAUAUAUGCCAGCAGCUCAAAGGUUGUUGCUCCAAAAGCGCUCCCUACCCCACCUCCUAGAUCCGGAUCCGUGGCAUCAGUCUCGAGGGUCAGGGAGUCUUCUCGGCCCCCUUCCGCCGGGAUGUUGGUAUCGAAACAUGUGGUUACGACUCAAACUGCCGAUCAGUUUGAAGAAGGGACUAUCGAUCGGUUCCGCGAAUUUGCGAUUAGAGAAUCGAGAGCCGCUACUGACGCGGAUAGGGUGCGUAUGUUUGCCGACUUUGUUGUCAACGAAUCAAGGAUCAGACGAGAACGAUAUUCUGUCGCUAUUGGGGCUAUGGGCUCCGAGAUCUUUGACCUCACCCGCGACUUAUUUCGGCCGAUGGUCAGCCACAGGCGAGAGUCAGCCUCUUCGCAAGAUCAGUGGACUCCUGGGUUAUCUGAGCCAGGGCCUUCUCGUCGAGGCUCUAUAGGUUCGAACUUGGGAGAAAGUCCUCAGUCUGCCUCUAAGACAGUCAAUGUCCCGACGUCGCCGAGCGGGAACAACCCACCAAAUGUGAACUGGUCCAGCAAUUAUAUGCCCUCGUUAUCGCCAAUUUUGAGUAUGAGCGUCAGCGAAAACUAUGAAAAUGGCAGCUCACGGGGUCGUCCUCCGAGCCGUUGGUGGGAGUCAGAUUCGCAAGGCGAAGCUUCCCAUCUCGGACGUUCCAAGAGAGAGUCGAAGUAUAUGGGCGUAACUAAAACACAGUGGGUCGAGGAGGACCAGCCGUCUGUAGUAUACGAGGAGCCAGGCUCUUCAUCCGAGUAUCCUCCUGAAAAGACAGGCUGGCAUGAUCAGUCGGAGCCCAACUUGACUCCUCAACAAUUUGGCUUCGCCACCACAUCAAACAUGGGCUCUAGUCCCUGUUCGACGAUCAACCGCGACCACUUGGAUGUUUCCCGCCUUGUCACUAUGCCUCCUCCUUAUCCAAGACACCACCCCGCUGUCAAUAACAAACAUCCUGAGUUGACAUCCAUCAGAACAGCUGUGAGAGCUCUGAGUCAACUCGAUGAAUUGGCCAAAACGAAGGAACGGUUCACUGUCGAAAGCACUAAACGUCGAGAGCAAUUUUCCAAAGCAGCGUCUGAGCGCCGGCAAGCUUUGCGUACAAACUUGCAGAAUGAGAUCAAUGCUGGCAGCUUGAGUUAUGCUGAUGCAGGAGCUAUUGAUGCUGAUGCAAAGGCCGGCGAGAUAACAAAGAAAAAGGACUUGGAAAAGUCCGAAUACGAAUUGUUCCAGAAUCAGGUGGUACUGCCUUUGAACGAACUACUGACAGGGCGUAUCUCUAGUGCCACAGAGCUGUUUGACGAUCUAGCCCGACAUCUAUUCGAUAACGGGCAGAUAGACGCGGACAUGCCACAGGAGGAGGGCGAUGAUAGACCAGAACUUCUGGAAAAAUUGACGCUGCUUAAAUGGGUCUUCGAGGCACGAGAGAGUCUUUACCGUGCCAUCUACGAUCUUCUUUCGGACCGCAACGGUCGAUAUUGCGAGGUUGUACUGACCCCUUACCGACUUUCCGGAAAUACUGAGAAGCUCAAGUCAGCUGAGGCUUUCUUUGCUGAAGACGCUGCCAAGCGUGAAUAUGCGUUCGCUCACGAGGUUCUGGAACGGACCCGAGACUUCCGAGGAGUGGUUGAAAAGGCUGUGGAUCAUGGUGUUGCACUGCAGCUGUCGGCAUUUUGGGAUAUUGCGCCUCCGCUUUGUGAGCUACUGGACAACAUUCCUCUUGAUCUGGAUGGCUUCAACAUUCAGAUUCCAGCAUCGGAAAUUGAGGAAAAUCCAUCCUACGUCGAGCAUCCGAUGCAGUAUCUUUUUAGCUUACUGCUUCACGCCGAGAAGAGCACGUAUCAGUUCAUCGAGUCGCACACCAACCUGUUGUGUCUACUUCACGAGGUCAAAGAGGCUGUGGUUCACGCCAAAGGCAAGGUCCUCGAGACGCAGACUCAAGAUGAGAACGGAAACGCAAUUCCCAAGGUAGAUAGCAAUGCACAGGCGGUGCAGAUGCGGCAAUCAGAAGAACGCCGACUUACCGAGGAUUUGAAGGAAAAGGUCCGUCUCGUUCAAGAUCAAUGGAAGAGCGCAUUAGGCGAUAACAUUACGCUCGUGAAAGAGCGCCUGGGAGAGUGGUUGUUGCAAAUGGGUGGCUGGGAUGAGUCGCUCGAAGACAGAGGUGUGGGCAGUGUCUAG